UCGACUCAUCCGCGAUGAUCGGGUUCAAGGAGCACAUCCAGGGCGUCCGCGCGGACGUCGCUCGGCGGCGCAACGAGCGCCGCGGGGAGCCCCCCGUCGAGUUCAGGCUCAGGCCGGUACCCACCGCACGGAGGCUGUGGGCGAACGCGAUGGGCGGGCGCCUCGGCAUCGGCAGCGACGGCAACCGCGUGGCGCUCGUCACCGAGCCCAAGACCGGUCUUAAGCUUCCAGGCGAGUACUGCGUCAACGGGGGCAAGUGCGCGCCCCUGACCGGGAUGGGCGUCAGGAUCAAGCGCAUCGCGGGCAUAGGCGUGAAGGUGUACGCCUGCGGCCUCUACGUGAACCCGGCCUCCGCCAGAGCGGCGGUGGGCGACCGGUACGUCGGCAAGAGCGUCAAGGACGUGGCGAAGGACCAGGCCCUCUUCGACGUCGUCAACGCCGCCGCGGACGUGGAGAAGACCGUGCGCCUGGUGUUCGCCAGGGAUAUCGACAGCGCCAAGAUCAGGGACGCGCUGUCCGAGCGGCUGAGACCGGCGCUGGGCGCGGACUCGCCGUCGCUCAGGCGCUUUGAGGCGUACUUCGACGGCGUCACCUUCAAGAAGGGUCAGUCGCUGACGUUCACCGCGAGCGGCGGCAAGCUCAUCACCUCGUUCGGGAGCAAGGAGGCUGGGCAGAUCGCCGACGGUAAGCUGUGCACGGCGCUGUUCGACGCGUACCUGGGUAAGAGCCCGGUGGUGCCGAGCGCGAAGGAGAGCCUCGGGGAGCAGCUCGCGGGUCACGUCACCGGUUAGGCAAAGAAAAGGGAGCCGGAACGUCGCGCUCUUUGUUACCCUGGACUCAUCAUCGU